ACACAUUAUCUCUUAUAAAUAAAGUUGCUCUAGCUGACAUUCAGUUUAAACAUUAGAUUCUUCUCAUAUAUGCAACUAUUCUUCGGUAAAAUGAAAUAUUCAAUAUUUUUAAUUAUUGUAAUAAUUACAGUGUCUUACAAUAGUGCAGCAACUAAUGCUGAAGAUGAUUUUUGCAAUUUUGGCGGUUUAAAAAUAAAAUUGAAUGAAUGGGAACCUAUGCCAGUUGGACAGUGUAUGAAAUGCAAAUGUGAACGUACAAAACCGGACGGUGUUUCAUGUUUAUCGUGCCCUGAGGGAAAAAUUUUGCCUGAGGAUAAAGAGAGAUGCCAUUUUACUGACGAAGACAACUCACUUCAGUAUCCAGCCUGUUGUCCAAAAGUUGUUUGCAAAUAAAUAAAAGAAUUAAAAAUGUAUUUUAAAAUUUGAAUUUUUAAAUAAAUAAAGGUCUUAAAUUAUCCAUCCAUUUA